AUGGCGUCUUCUCCCUCGCCGCCAUUGCUGCACUUCCACGUCUUCCCCAAUCUCCCAGUUGAGCUCCGUCUCAAAAUAUGGUCCAUAGCCUGCAACUCCUCCCCUCGCAUAGUCGAAGUAUGCACACCGGUACCUCUUUACGAUUGGGAAGAGCUUGGAAAAGAGGAUGAAGACGCUACAUCUCAACCUGAAUCUGAAUGCGAGUCCAAUUCUUCACAGUACUUGACACAAACAUCCGAGCCGGAAUUAUCAAAAUACUAUACACCAACGCCCCAUCCCCCUUUACUCAGCGCUACUCACGAAUCCCGCACCAUAGCCCAAACCUUCUACGGUCCACAAUUCGUUCUCCCAUCCACAACCGCACGCAUCUACUUCAACCCGUCAAUCGACAUCCUCUUCUUCCCAGCUUGGUGCUGGGAAUCCGGCAUCUCCAACUUCGAAGCCGACUUCCCCGUCACCACCCGAAGCAGCAUCCGCAAACUAGCGGUCGAGAAUCUCAUCUGGUAUGGCGGCGAGGGCGGGAGUAUCAACGGCCAGGUACAGAUUGAUGAGUGGAGAGGUCUAGAGGAGUUUUAUUUUAUAUUCAGAUUGCCGGAUUCGAUGGGGUGUGGGUGUGCGCAUGAUUUUGAGCGGGAGAAUGAGAAGGGAGUGCCGGAGUUUAGGGAGGUGGAUAGGAGGAUUGGAUUGGUGAGGGAUGGGGAGGAGAUUUUGAGGAGGACGGGGGAUUUUGGGGUUGUGGAGCAGCUUGAGGAGAUUAAGAAGGGGGAUGGGGAGUGGCAGAUGCCAGAGUUUAUUAUGAGAGAUUUGUGGAGGGAUGGGGUUCGUAUGUGA